AGUCGGGCCUGCGCUGCGGCGCGGCCCCUGGACUUGGGGAUUCAGUCUAGGGCCGAGGUCCGCGGCCGGUGGAUGGAGAGCAGUCACGACAGGCGGUAGGAAGGCUGCUCGGCCGGAGGCGCUCGUGGGCCUCCACCAUGGCGGCGGCAGUACGCGCUGCGGGCUUCCUCCCUGCUCUGUGUGGCGCUUCGGCGGGUCAUUUAUGGUCCAGGCAGCUUUACCUAAACACCUUUCCAACAGCUUCCAUUUGGGCGUUGAAGGCUGUUCCCAGCAAUGGCCCUUUGUCAUCUGCAGGAACCAGAGACAGCUGCCAUUUUACCCACUUGGCCCGCGUGCUGCAGACACAGUGCUGCAUUUCUGCUCCCAGGAACUUGACGGCCCAGCAGUACAGAUCCUAUAGUUUCUUCACUAAAUUGACAGCAGAUGAGCUAUGGAAAGGUGCUUUAGCAGAAACCGGUGCUGGAGCAAGAAAAGGAAGAGGCAAAAGAACCAAGAGAAAAAGAAGGAAGGAUUUGAACAGGGGUCAGAUCAUCGGUGAAGGGCGUCGUGGCUUCCUAUGGCCUGGUCUGAAUGCCCCACUUAUGAAAAGCGGAGCUAUACAGACCAUCACUCAAAGAAGCAAGGAAGAGCAAGAAAAGGUGGAGGCUGAUAUGGUCCAACAGAGAGAAGAGUGGGACCGGAAGAGAAAGACGAAGGUUAAACGGGAGCGAGGAUGGAGCGGAAACUCGUGGGGCGGCAUCAGUCUUGGCCCCCCUGACCCCGGUCCCAAUGGAGAAACGUAUGAUGAUUUCGAUACCAGGAUACUUGAGGUGAGAAAUGUUUUCAACAUGACAGCCAAAGAGGGAAGGAAGAGAUCCGUCCGUGUCCUGGUCGCUGUGGGGAACGGCAGAGGAGCCGCAGGUUUUGCCAUUGGGAAAGCCACUGAACGGGCAGAUGCUUUCAGAAAAGCAAAGAAUAGGGCCGUUCACUAUUUGCAUUAUAUAGAACGAUAUGAAGACCAUACCAUAUACCAUGAUAUUUCCUUAACAUUUAAAAGGACACAUAUCAAGAUGAAGAAACAACCCAGAGGCUAUGGCCUCCGCUGCCACCGAGCCAUCACCACCAUCUGCCGGCUCAUUGGCAUCAAAGACAUGUAUGCCAAGGUCUCUGGCUCCGUCAACAUGCUCAGCCUCACCCGGGGCCUCUUCCAGGGGCUCUCGCGCCAGGAAACCCACCAACAGCUGGCUGAUAAGAAGAGUCUCCAUGUUGUGGAAUUCCGGGAGGAAUGUGGCCCUCUGCCCAUCGUGGUUGCCUCACCACAGGGGGCCUUGAGGAAGGAUCCGGAGCCGGAAGAUGAAGUUCCGGACAUCAAAUUGGACUGGGACGAUGUCAAGGCCGUGCAGGGAAUGAAGCGCUCUGUGUGGUCAGGUUUAAAGAGAGCUGCCACGUAGGCCUCCCUCCUGCCUCGGCCAGCCUGGCACCGGGUGCUUCCAGCACCUGCGAGAGACUCAUCCUCUCACGCUUGAGAUUGUCGGGUUUUUAAAAGGAAAGGCCAACCUUACGUUUCUCUAUUUACAAAUAAUAAAUGACGCAGAUGUAACUGA